AGCCGCUCCCCACGUGUCUGCUUUGCAAUCAGUAUGGCUGCUGCCUGAGGUCUGGCCGGGUAACAACUCAGACGCCGGGACGACUGCUGGGAGUCGUGUGCGGCAGGCUCUACUGUUGUGUCCUGAGGUGAGCGGAGUACAGGGCGUGGGUGUGUAUCUGAACGGUAGUAUGGAAAAUGAAGAUGAUGACCCAAUUAUACAGGAGCUUGAUGUUUAUCUGGCCAAAAGCCUGGCAGAGAAGCUGUACUUAUUCCAGUAUAUCCCAAUACGACCAUCAAUGAUGAGCUAUGAGGGUGUCCCACAUCUCUCGAGGAUCAAACCAAAGCUGCAAAAGGUGGAGCUUGACAUGGCCAUUAAUACAAUGAGUCCCAAUUACUGUCGUAGUAAAGGCGAACAGAUCGCAUUGAAUGUUGAUGGCACCUGCAAUGAAGAGACCAGCACUUACUCCACAAAACUUAUGGACAAGCAGACAUUCUCUUCCAUACAAGCUGCAAGCAACACCUCUCGCUAUGCGGUUGCAUUUUAUCGAAAAGGUGAAAUUCAUGUAACGCCUCUGCAUGGGCUUUUGCAGCUGCGGCCCAGUUUCACUUACUUAGACAAAGCAGAUACCAAAUAUCGAGAGCGAGAAGCUGCAAAUGAUGCUGGUGAUUCCUCUCAGGACGAAGGUGAGGAUGACGUCAAGCAAGUAACUGUACGUUUUUCCCGCCCAGAAAGUGAGCAGGCCAAGCAGAGGAGGGCGCAGUCCUAUGAGUUUUUGCAAAAGAAACAAGCUGAGGAGUCCUGGGUGCAUCUUCACUACUCUGGGAUUAAGGACAGUCGAUCAGAACAUGAAAGACAAUAUUUGCUUUGCCAAAAUCAGACAAUGACUGAAAACCAGGAAUUAAUGAAAUCCACCAGUGAAUACCUACAGAUGCUGAUGCCUCCUAAUGUUGAGGAAGAAACUGAAAAGCCGGUAGCUCCAAGCAACGUGCUGUCAAUGGCUCAACUGAGGACUCUGCCGCUGGCUGAUCAGAUCAAGAUCUUGAUGAAAAAUGUUAAGGUAAUACCAUUUGCAAAUCUCAUGGGCCUAAUGGCAGCAGGAACAGAAUCUAUUGCAGUUCUGCGGUGUAUACAGCAGGUGGCGAUGUUGGUUCAAGGAAAUUGGGUGGUUAAGAGUGAUGUGCUGUAUCCAAAAGAGUCAUCCAGUCCGCACAGUGGGGUGUCUGCUGAGGUUUUGUGUCGAGGAAGAGAUUUUGUUAUGUGGAAGUUCACACAAGAUCGCUGGGUGGUGAGGAAAGAGGUGGCCACGGUGACAAAGCUCUGCCAAGAAGACGUGAAGGACUUCCUAGACCAGAUGGCCACACCUAGAAUUAACAAAGGCUGGGAGUUCAUGCUGCCUUUCGAUGAAGAUUUUAUGAAGAAGCAUCCAGAUGUGGUCCAGAGACAGUCUAUGCUAUGGAAGGGUAUACAGUCCAAGUUAGAGAAGGUGUUUAGCUUGUCAAAGGAAGAUCUGAUGUCUAAAAAGACAGAUAUGUCUUCAGCUUCAUCCGUUGUGAUGACCGGGGACCAAGUGUUAACCAUAGCCAGAUCCAAAGCCAAGGAGAACCAGGCACGGUUGGACAGGGACUUGCAAAGGAAGAAAGAACAGACCAGGCUGGCCUCCAGCGUGACUGUUGUGGCGGACGUCCACAUCAAAGAGGAGCCUAUGAGCAACGAUGAAAGCAUGGACACCUCUACUUACGAAAGCUUCAAUAAUGGGGUGGUCAACGGUGUACACGAGCGAGGGAACUCCGAAGAGUCCAUGAACGGGGAUGAAGAUCCUGUUGCAAAAGAACUAUUGGAGUUUGUGGAGUCGACAUUUAGGAGACAGUAUGUGUUGACCAUGAACGAACUUAAACUAUUUAAUCUUCAUUUAGCCAGUCUUCCUCCAGGACAUAUCCUAUUCAGUGGCAUCUCCGACAAAAUGCUGCAGGAAACGGUUUUAAGCUCUGGCUGUAAGCAGCUCAUGGUGCCUUUUCCUCCUCAGAGCACUGCUACACCCGAGGAACAAAAAGUGUUUGCACUCUGGACCUGUGGGGACGCUUAUGACAAGGAAAGACAAACGCUGCUGGAAAUGUUCUCCAAGGGCCACAGGUUGCGCAGGAACAUGAUCCAAGCGCGCAUGAGCCAGGAGUUUGGAGAAGACCUCAGUAAGCAGCAGCUGGACAAGGUGCUGAAGGACUGUUGCGUGUGCUAUGGCGGUAUGUGGUAUCUUAAAGGAACAGUACAAUCCUGAUGAUUGCAGAAAGCUGGCACUAGAUGAAAGAACACAGUGACGUAAGCACAGAUCAUGUCUGUUCCGGAUGAUGCCCUUCUGGGCCCUUGCACCAUCACACAACCGUUACCAAAGGCACGGGACGCAGUAGACUAUGUGGUCUGUGGAGGGGGGGACUGUUUCUAGGAAGAAAGCUGCUCUUUUGAGUUCUUUACGUUUUUGCUUUUAAUUCUUUUGUUCUCUAACCUCACAUGAAUCUGCACACCCAGUUAAGGAAAAGAUGGGUGAAUUUUGGGUUUACACACGUGCCAACAUCUGAAUACAAAAAUUUGAUUGCAAUAAGAGACCGAAUCAAGGAUGAACUGUGACGGAUCCCUGGUGAUGACUGGAUGCCCUGCUGUCACCAGCCGUUGUGGGGCUCAUAUGCUGGCGGUGGAAGUGGCAAAACCAAUAUAGAAAUGGAACAAGUGACAUCACUGGGGAAUGAGGUACCGAGUGAUGUCACUGGCUCCUCGUGAUAUGUGUAUUGGUAAGCACACAAUAAUAAAAUUAAGGUGACUAGGCCGGACGAUCUCCGCUGGUUUUAUUUUCUUGAAGUUUUCCCCCACAUUAAGUCCUAUUUCCACUUGAAUGUUAUAUUGAUUGCUAAUUUUUAAGUUUCACGUACUAAAUUAAUUUAAUUAUCCCAUGUAGGGUGUGUGGACUGCCAGGAGCAGGGCGGCAGUUGUUGGAUGCGGUGUAUGGAGCCUCCUUUAGUGCACUUAUUUUUUUUUCCGGUUCUUUUUAUAAUUGCAUUUUAAGGCUAGUUUCAGACAAGCAGGAGCGCACAGCAUUAUACCGACUUAUAGCGCUGUGUGUCUCUUGCAGAGACUCACAGCAUUAUAAAUCAGUAUAAUGCCCUGCGCUUCUGAGAAACAAGCAGUGUCCAUAACGGGGAAUCGCGUACAGACACGGAGCGUGAUUCCCACACAGGACACGCUCGUCUGAAAGAGCCCUAAUGGUAUCAAAAUGGAGGCAUAUAAAAAAUAAAUCAUCUGAGUAAUUCUGUUUUACAUGAAAGGAUUUGUGUAAAUUGUUACCUUCUGUUAAUAAAGCUGUCAGGAUUGUACAUUCAUUAAAUUAUUUAUUCAUUUAUGCAUUUCUAGCAAUCAUCUAGAACUUAAAGGGGUUCUCUGGGAUUUAUUGAUGACUUAUUCUCAGGAUAGGUCAUCAAUAUGAGAUCGGCAGGGGUCUGACUCCCGGGACGCCUGCUGAUCAGCUGUGGAAAAGAGGAUGAGGCGUUCCAUGAGUGCUUCGGACUCUUCCUAGGCCAUGUGGAGUCACGUUCAUCAGUCACAUGGCUUAGGCACAGCUUAACGCCAUUCAAGUGAAUGGGGCUGAGCUGCAAUACCAAGCACAGCCACUAUACAAUGUACAGCGCUGUGCUUGGUAAGCGGCAAGGAGGCCAUAGCGCUCAUGGGGAAACCUCUGCCGAUCUCGUAUCGAUGACCUAUCCUAAAGAUAGGUACUCAAUAUGUAAAUCCCAGAAAACCGCUUUAAUAAAUUUCAGUUGGAAAUUCAAUUAAAACAAAAUAAAAAAAAUUGAUAAAAUCUAAGUGCAGGUUCACAAAACUUUAAACAUGUCAGAAGUUUUGAUCGCUGGGGUUUGUGUCCCGAUACCUCCACCUUUCAUUAAUAUGAGGGGCAGAAGUUGUUAAGCCCAAGGCAGAAGUGGUUUAAGCAGGAAGGAAAGGUAUGAGUUCUUCCUUCAUGUUUCCUGCUCCUUUUGAAUCCUCUUUAACUCAAAAA